UAGAUGAUAGCAGAGCGGAGAUUUAUAAGUCACAUUAUCGAUAUCCAGUUUUUUCGUGGUAUAUAAAACCAGCCGCGAGUUUUACUAUUCAUAACAAGGUCAUCAACGGUUGUGUAAACAGCUCCUCAAAAUGUGGGUCUUAUAUCUACCGGCAGUGCUAUCAGUGUUAAUCGUUACCCUUUAUUUAUAUUUUACAAGAACAUUUAACUAUUGGAAGAAACGAAAUGUUCGUGGGCCGGAACCAACUGUAUUUUUCGGAAACUUGAAGGAUUCAACCCUUCGCAAGAAAAAUAUAGGAAUAGUGAUGGAAGAAAUUUACAACCAGUUUCCGGAUGAAAAGGUGGUUGGAAUGUAUAGAAUGACCACACCUUGUCUACUGGUACGUGAUUUGGAUGUGAUUAAACAUAUUAUGAUUAAAGACUUUGAAGCGUUCCGUGAUCGUGGUGUGGAAUUUAGCAAAGAAGGAUUGGGACAGAACUUGUUCCAUGCUGACGGAGAAACGUGGAGAGCCUUAAGAAACAGAUUUACACCUAUUUUCACAUCUGGUAAAUUGAAAAACAUGUUCUAUCUUAUGCAUGAAGGUGCUGAUAACUUUAUUGACCACGUGAGCAAAGAGUGUGAAAAAAAACAAGAGUUUGAAGUUCACUCCCUUCUCCAGACGUACACCAUGUCUACGAUCUCAUCAUGUGCUUUCGGAGUGAGUUAUAACAGCAUCAGCGAUAAAGUUCAGACUCUAGAAAUUGUAGACAAGAUUAUUUCAGAACCAAGUUAUGCCAUAGAAUUGGAUUAUAUGUAUCCUAAAUUAUUGGCAAAACUCAAUCUUUCAAUUAUCCCGACUCCUGUUCAACAUUUUUUCAAAAGUCUUGUGGACAGCAUUAUUAGCCAAAGAAAUGGCAAACCUGCAGGCCGCAACGAUUUUAUGGAUCUCAUACUCGAACUCCGUCAAAUGGGAGAGGUAACUAGUAACAAAUAUCUUGAUGGAGUAACAUCACUUGAAAUAACUGACGAAGUUAUAUGUGCCCAAGCUUUUGUAUUUUACGUUGCUGGAUAUGAAACCAGUGCAACCACAAUGUCCUACUUGAUAUACCAACUCUCACUUAAUCAAGACGUCCAAAAUAAGUUGAUAGCUGAAGUAGAUGAAGCAAUAAAAGCUAGUGAUGGAAAAGUAACAUACGACACCGUGAAGGAAAUGAAAUAUUUGAACAAAGUCUUUGACGAAACUCUCCGUAUGUACUCUAUAGUAGAACCACUGCAAAGGAAAGCUACAAGAGACUACCAAAUUCCUGGAACUGAUGUCGUCAUUGAAAAGGAUACCAUGGUAUUAAUAUCUCCAAGAGGCAUUCACUACGACCCGAAAUAUUACGACAAUCCUAAACAGUUCAACCCUGAUAGAUUCGAUGCGGAGGAAGUGGGCAAGCGUCACCCGUGCGCGUACUUACCAUUCGGACUUGGACAAAGGAAUUGCAUAGGCAUGCGGUUUGGCAGACUUCAGUCUCUACUAUGCAUCACGAAGAUUUUAUCCAAGUUUAGAAUAGAGCCAUCGAAAAAUACCGACAGAAACUUGCAAGUCGAACCCCGCCGAGUUAUUAUUGGACCGAAAGGAGGAAUACGUGUAAACAUUGUUCCUAGGAAGAUUGUAUCUUAAUUAUUUUCUUAUGGACUCUUGUUAAUAACAACGGACCAUGGACCGAUUUUUAUAAAGGCCGACGGGUAGAUGCGCAGUUUGUAGUAGGUUAGUAUGGAUGUGUGUUAACGCGACGUGUUUUGAAGCAACGUUUUGUUGCAAUGGAUAUCUGCCCGUUGCGCUAACAAACGCCUAUGAAAAACUACGCUACGCCCCGUUAACCGUCAUAAAAAUCGGACCGUUCGGUCAUACGCUGUCGUCAACAAGAGACCUGACGGUGUUACAAGUUAUUGCUAAUUCUAUUCAAUAUUAUCGGUAGUGGAAAAAUUAUCUUCAAAUGUAUAUAUAACUUACUUAAGUAAUUAAUUAGAAGAUUUUUUUUGACUUAAUAAUUCUUAACUUAUUAGACUAAUGACUGAUUAUUAUAAUAAACAUAACAUGGCAAUUUACGGAUAGGUACUAGUCUAUUACAUUCGUAACUAUGGCACGUCGGCUUCAAUAUUUUUUUUUAUUAAUUUGUAUCAAAGAAUUUAUAACUUACUACCUAUUUGGUACCUUAUAUUUUAUUCAAAAACUAGCUUUUGCCCGCGGCUUCGCUCCCGUCAACUGACUUCUCUACUUUACCCUAUUUUUUUGUUCAUAAGAACCUUCUCCUGACAAUAACAAACACAACAAAAAAGAAUUAGCCAAAUUGGUCCAGGCGUUGUUGAGUUAUGCGCUUACCAACACAUUUUGCGAUUCAUUUUUAUAUUAUAGAUUAUACGAUUCACUUUUGAAUUUGAAGUAGACAUUGCUACAAUUCGUUACUUAUUGUUAUAAUAAGCGGCAAGUUAUUAAGUAACGUAAAUGCCAUACUAGCUGACGUGGAAGUUAAUGCCUAAUUGCCUCUCCGUACUAUAUUUUAUUUUAUUAAAAAAUGUACUUCUAAAUAAUUAAUGUAAUAGGGGGAUCAAUUUUGUUGUAUUUUUUUAUCAAGCAUUGUUACUCUUAUUCACAUUGAAAUAAAUACUAUGAAUUGAUAAUUUUUUUUUUCAUUUUGAUAAAUUUUUUAAAUAUCUAUACUAAUAUUAUAAAGCUGAAGAGUUUGUUUGUUUGUUUGAACGCGCUAAUUUCGGGAACUACUGGUCCGAUUUGAAAAAUUCUAUUAUUCUAUCAAAAAACAUUACUUUUAAAUAAGAACUAAUAACAAUUUUUAUUAUGGGUAUGCGAUUCAAAGUAUAAUUUUCUGCUAUUAAUGAGGUGUAAUAAAGCAAUUAAAAGACAUACAGAUGCAA